AUGCGCAUCAUCUCCAUCAAAGCACAGUGCAUCCCAACAUUCAACACAGAUACAAUGUGUCUAAGGCUCUUCCUUUGCUUAUUCACGAUAUGUCUACUAGCAAAAUAUUCAAGUGCGGACGUCGGAGUUUACGAUAAAAUUUCAAAGCUGUUCAACGAGUGCGUCAAAAAGGACGAGGUGGUUAAGUGCUUCAAGAUUCAUGCCCUCAAAGUUCUGGAUAGAGCCCUACACUCCAAGAGGCUGUAUGUCAAUGAGUACAUCCAGUUGGUUGGCAGUGACGAAGCUGGGAGAAGUUUUAACAGCCGGUUGAGCCGAAACGAGACCAAACUGGAGGAGUUGAAGACCGAGAAGAUAGAUGAUCUGCUUUUGGACACAGCUGCAAGGUUCCUAGAGUCCCAUAAGUUGGAACUGAAACUCCCCAAGCUCAUUGAUGAAGGAAGGGCCAAGGGUGGCGGUGGAAAUAAGGGAGGUGGUGGAAACAUUGGAGUUCUGUUAGGAGCACUGGCGAUCAAGGGUACCUUCUUAGCCAUGGCCUACAAGGGUAUAGCGAUCAUGUCUGGAACUGCCCUUCUGGUAGGAAAAAUGGCUUUGAUGUUGAGUGCCAUCUUGGGACUGAAGAAACUUGUGGGUGGUGGAGAGAAGACAACCUUUGAAAUCGUCAAACACCCUAAAUAUUCGGAAAGUCACACACACUCAACAUCGUAUGAAGAUGAUGGUUAUUACCAUCAUAGGAGAGCUUAUUUGGAUGAGCCCUCACCGCAAACCACAACUUACAAAUUUUAUACAACGAAGUGA